CGACAACCGGUCGUGAUCGUGACUCGAUCGCAGCAAGCCAACCAGUGCAAACGUGUUGUUCGCCGAGUAUCUGCCGAGCCGUCGCCACCGCCGAACGGGAAGCGUUGCGUGCGUUCACCGACCGUGGUUCCAGGAAGUUUGAAUGUAAAGAAAGCCGAAGUACCGGGAGCUGCGGUUGUUUGCUGCACUCAGCGGUCCGGUCCCUGCAGGAAAGAAGUGCUACUAUUUCCAUCCUAAAACACUCCCCCCGUGUGUGUGUGUGUGCUGUGCAUGUGUUGUUAUCAAAGUGUCCUAGACCUAGUGUUGGUGGUUUUAUGUGAUAUCCGGCAGGAGUAGAAGAGAAAAAACAAUUCCCACCCCCGCGGUAAAAAUCGAAGAAUUCGUAAAAAGGCUCAGUUCAACUACGACAAAGAGGGCUUCUACGUAACUCCAGUGAGAAUCCAGUGAUUUGAUGCAUAGUUUCUUAAACACACCCCAAAACGAUGUUGGGCUUCGUCGCUUCAUCAUUGCUUGCUAUAAGCAUCAUCUGCUCGGUGGAUCCCGGUGCGGCUGGUCCCCUGGAUGCGCUCAGCUGGGCCCGGAUGGACAACAUCAACCUGCCCUGGUUGCCAUAUGAGAACAUGACCCGGUGCUACGGUGAGCUCGGUUGCCUGAACAUCACCAAGGAGUGGUACCAUCUGAUCUUCCGGCCGUUCAAUGUGUUUCCGUUGCCCCGGAGCGUCAUCAAUACCCGUUUCAUCCUGUACACCGAGCGUAACCCGACCGAUGGGCAGCUGCUGCAGGCGGAGGUGAAGGAGACGCUCGUCAAGUCACACUUUAACGCGGACUGGCCCACGAAGUUCAUCAUCCACGGGUUCAUCGAUACGCCGCUGUCGAACUGGGUGUCGGAGAUGCGGGAUGAGCUGAUAACGCGCGGAUCGCUCAAUGUGAUCGUGGUGGAUUGGGCCGGUGGAUCGCUCCCAUUGUACACGCAAGCCACCGCCAAUACCCGGCUAGUGGGGCUCGAGAUAGCGUACCUGAUCAGGAAGCUGGAGGAGUACCUCGGUGCGAAACCGGAGGAUGUUCAUUUGAUCGGCCAUUCGCUUGGGGCGCAUACGGCGGCGUACGCUGGGGAACGGAUUCCGGGACUGGGGCGGAUUACCGGGCUUGAUCCGGCUGAACCGUACUUCCAGGGGAUGGGUCCGAUCGUACGGUUGGAUCCGUCCGAUGCAACGCUGGUCGAUGUGAUCCAUACGGAUGGGCGCAGCGUGUUCCGGUUGGAGAUUCCGGGUUACGGUAUGUCGCACGCCUGCGGUCAUCUGGAUUUCUAUCCGAACAAUGGCAAGGAGCAGCCGGGGUGUGCGUUGUCCCAGGAAGGAGCGGCCACGAUACCGCUUACGCUUAUCAAGGAUGGUAUUGAGGAGGCGUCGCGUGUGCUGCUCGCUUGUAACCACAUCCGGGCGAUCAAGCUGUUUAUUGACAGCAUCAACGGCAAGUGUCCUUACGUAGCUCAUCGAUGCCCAUCGUAUCAGCAUUUCCUCAGCGGCAACUGCUUCAAGUGUACGUCCGGUAACUGCGCCCUCAUGGGCUACCAUGCAUCGCUACCGAUCACGACGGCCAAGCAGAACGUGUCCGAGAACGAUGUCGUGAUCGGUUCGAGCGUACCGGUGGCACCACAGCCCGGCAAGUACUUCCUUGCUACCGGUCGCGAUUUUCCCUUCUGCCAGCGUCACUAUCGGUUUACGGUGGAGCUGGCAAAGCCGAAAGUGGCGGAACCGUGGGUACAGGGCCACCUGACGGCUGGCAUUUUCUCCGAGCGCGGCGCCCUGCGGAACAUCGAUCUGACGCCCAAAGGAACGGCACGGUUGGAGCACGGUACCACGUACCAGGUGGUCGUGACCAAUCCGCACGAUCUGGGCGACCGUAUCCGGAAGGUGGAGCUAUCCUGGACGCACGAUAUGAACGUGCUGGAACCGACGACGCUCUGUCUGUUCUGGUGCAACAGCCAUCUGUACGUAAAGUCGAUACAGGUCGAAACGAUGCAGAUGCCAUCACGAGAGAAACGGAACAUUGAGUAUUCCAACAAGCUGUGCGCGCCGAAGCGCGAUUACGCCGACAUUGCCAGCCGCGGGUCGUACUCGUUCUAUGAUAACUGCAAGCGAUAGAUGAGGGGAAGAGGCGUUGCCCAUCGAGGCCCCUUUUUCCCACAUGUGAUUUCCGAAUCGUUCGCCUUAGCUAAGAGCCACCCCGCCGCCGUAGCAUCCUUGUUUGUUUUAGCGUAAUUUAGUGUAAGGCGUGUAGGUUUAAUACCGUGCGUGUACCGUAAGGAGCACUAGUAGUAGUGGCAAUAGUCUCCACUAUUGCUCCACUGCUCGUCGGGACCCCCCGACAACCGUAGAGUGUGAUUGAGCUUCUAUAGAGCGAGAAAGUGAUCGCGUGAGCUUCUUGUUUCACUACCUCUUCCCUAUUUCGUCGCGGCAGGAUAGCUUCCGGACGAACUCGCAUUUUUGUUUUGUUUCUCUUACAAUGAGCUUUCACCUUCCAGACACGCACUAGGCCGAUUUCCGAUUUCUUUAUACAUUUCUAUGAAAUAUUUGACAUCGUUCUGCUGCCCUGCUCCUAUCCCAGCCUUCAUUAAACCCAAGGGUACUAGGUAGUACUAGGCAGUACUAGGAAAGGGAGGCAACACGUGAGUGGAAUUUUGUGACACUGGGCGCGGUGGAUGUGGUUAGCACCAAAGUGAUAUCAUUCCCGACGAACGCGUCCCAUCCCGUCCCCUGAAAAAGGUGAAGCGUUUAGGUAGUGUUUGUUCCGAGACGAGUUGGCGUGCUUUCUCUACUCCUCGGGAGCCAUAUAUAGAUAGAUGUGUAAGCGACGUGCUGUAGGCAAUGCUGUUGUUUUAAUGACUUUUCAUUCCAAUGGAAACCCCACACAUGGGGAGGGGUGGCCCGACGAUGGCCGGGCGCCUUCCGUCGUCAUUGUCCCGCUUCAGAGAACCAGGAGGAGGGUUUAGUUGCCGGUUAUAAUUAUUUACCUUGUAUGGCGAAAACCGUUAUUGUGAUACCUUAUCAAAACUGAAAAGAGUGACUCGUAAAUUAAUACAAUAAAAUCGAUACAUUUAUUU